GCGUCCGCUGUCCAGACCUUUACAAGCACAUUUGGGAGACACCUACACACGUACAAACGAAGCACAAUGAAAGAACAUAAUUGUGAGGUCAAUUCAGAAUCAGCCAAAGAGACUGACGUCCAUCAGCAAGUGAACACGGUUCAAGUCGAUUCUCCGCAACGGCGACAACAACACCAGCAAGGGCGACCGUGUAGUGGGCCAUAUAUCAGAAGUGAUCCUCGAUCGUCAGCGUUCCCGUCUUCGUGAUCAUGAACUCGUUGACGGCGACGUCCUUCCCGCUCUCCUUGCCGUGUCCGCUUUCUUUGAUUCCGCCAAAAGGAGCCUCCGCCGCGGAGCUGUUUCCCGUAUUCUGAGAAUUAGGUCAGCCAAGAUUGAGCAAAGCCUGCAAAAGAGAGUGUGUGGAACUCACCAAACCGAUCAUGCCUGCUUUCAGGUUUUCAAACAUCCUCCACAAACGAUUGACGUUUGUGCUGAAUACAUAGCUGGCAAGACCCAGAGGCGUGUCAUUGGCCCGCUUUACCACCUCUUGCUCCGUGUCGAAGGUGUACACGCCCAGGAUUGGCGCAAAGAUUUCUUCCUGGCUCAUCUGCAUGUCGUCGUUCAUCUGCGACAAGAUUGUGGGCUCCAUGAAAUACCCGCCGCCGAGCCCCUCCGCUCUCCUUCCGCUACCUAGGACGAUAUGGGCGCCCUUGUCUAUAGCGUCCUUGAACAAAGCUUCCGCCUUGUCUAGACUUCGAGGCGUGGUGAGCGCGCCCAUUGUGACGCCCUCCUGCAUGCCAUGGCCGACCUUCAGCUUCUUUGUCUCUUCGACCAGCCUCGCAACGAAAGCAUCAUGUACAUUGCGCUGCACGUACACCCUGUUUGCCGUGACGCACGCCUGGCCUGCGUGCCGCCACUUCAGCGCCAUCAGCUGCGUGAUGGCCAGGUCCAAGUUGGCGUCCUCGAACACGAUGAACGGGCAGUUGCCUCCGAGCUCGAGGGUAUGCUUCGUCAGCGUCUUUGCGCAGUAGCUGGCAAUGAUCUUACCCACCCGGGUGCUGCCAGUGAACGUUACCUUCUGUACCAGCGGAUGCAGGCAUAGCGCUUCGGCCACGGCUGGCGUAUUCGCGAGGCUGGUCGUCAGCACAUUGAGCGCCCCUGGCGGGAACCCAGCUCGCGUUGCCAGAUUUGCGAGACACAACGCGCUCAGCGGUGUCUCGGGUGACGUCUUAACCACAAUGGUACACCCUGCAGCCAAUGCAGCGCUCGCCUUGCGUAGGACCAGAGCAAUGGGGAAGUUCCAGGGAACAAGAGCGGUCGCCACGCCCAGCGGCUGUUUCGUCACUACCGAACGUCGCCCCGGUAGCGCAGAGUGAAAGGCAGAUCCGUGAAUUCGUUCAGCCUCGCCAAUAAACCACCAUGUGAAUGUCGUCGCGUAGUCCAGCUCCCCAUACGCCUCAGCAAGCGGCUUUCCGGUCUCGUGAACAAGGAUUCUAGCGAGGUCCUCUCGUGCAGAAACGAUGAGCUGAUGCCAGGCUGAGAUCAACUGCGCACGCUUUCUCGGCGUGAAUUUGGAGUAUAUCUCGAAUGCCGCUUGAGCCGACUGCACGGCAGGCUCGACAUCAUCCACGGUACAGUCUGGACACGAGGCCCAUACCUUUCCAGACCCUGGAUCAAUUACUUCGAACUUCUUGUUGCUAUCGGCUUGCACCCAUUUGCCAUUUACGUAGCAAGCGCCUCUGAGAAGGUCAUUGUCAGAAAGUUCGAAUGGCAGCUGCAAUUGGCUGUCUACGUCCAUGCCUCCUGUACAACUUGAUGAAUUGGAACCCACAAGACUAAACCAAAAACCGAUUGUUAUCAAAAUUUAACUGAGGGUCAGAAAGAAUAAGAUUUUCAGUGAAACACUGAAUACCUCACUCAGAAAUGAAAUGUUAUGGUGUUAAUGGAUUGCUCGCAAUCCAUAAUGAGUCCGACCAUACGAGUAGCUCUCCCCUCCUUAGCAACUCCCAAACUCGAUAGUCACCCUAAUUCAUGCUGAUUCAACACUCAUAGGCAUCACGUUCUUGUUGGUCUCGUGCGGGACCGCGUGGAGAAUAGCUUUGACGUAAGCAAGUGGCACGCUCCGGAGCCACAAACCGGGGUGAACUUUGGGGACGCCAAACAUCAGGACACAGUCUCGGAGCUUUCAGCGGGGACUGAACGUCGAACACACCAAUCCCGAUCGACAUCACCAUUUCUGAGCUAUUCCAAUCCUCAUAGGAGACGUUAAUUUCGACUAGAGUCAUGCAGAGGUGCAAAAAGGCAAAAAAAAAAUUCGAUUGCGGGGCCCCGCAAGUCCAGUUCGGUUAAGGGGGCACGUAAAUAAUCGCAAUGUAUACCGUCUUUCGCCUGGAACAGCUAAAGGAUUGUCCCCUUUUGCCCUUGGUAAAGAUUCUGACUAGAGAUUGCAACUGCUACUCGGGAACUCACUCGACGUGAAGGCCUGUUUGAAGCCUACGAUGUCACCCACAGAUCAUUCUACCCGGUCCAAGAGAACAAAUCCGUACAAUAGGCUGGUCACUGUCGCUGUCGCCUUCGGAUCUCUGACGUAUGGAUACUGUUCCUCCAUCAUAGGGAGCACAAUCGGCCAGCCUGGAUGGUAUAAAUUCUUCCACCUGCCAAUGGCUGGCGAGCCUGGCUACGCGACCACCACGACGAAUGCAAUAUCUACUGCCAAUGGGCUCUACAGCGCUGGAGGCGCUGUCGGUAGCCUUUUCAUCAUGUGGGCAGCCACUGCUCUUGGACGCAAGAUAAGUAUUCAGAUCGGUGCCGCUCUUGCCCUUCUCGGCGGUGCACUGCAAGGCGGAGCUGCAAAUCUAGGAAUGUUCCAGGCCGGUCGUGUCAUAUCUGGACUUGGAAUCGGCAUCCUCGUCACCGUUUGUCCAAUGUACCUUUCCGAGCUCUCUCCCCCUGACAAGCGUGGCUGGCUGGUCGGACACCAUGCCAUAUUCCUAGUCUUUGGUUACAUGCUGUCCAGCUGGCUUGGGUACGCGUGCUACUUCGCGACGAAUGUCAAUUCAUCGUUCGCAUGGAGGUUCCCGCUGUGCGUGCAAUGCUUCGCUCCUCUCGUCCUUCUCGUCACGUCGAUUUGGAUCCCCAGAUCCCCGCGCUGGCUGCUGCAGAAAAACAAGGUGGAAGAAGCUUGGAACGUGCUCAAGCAGCUCCGAAGCUCUUCUGACGACCCGGAUUACUUGGUCGCCAAGGAGGAGCUGUAUCAGGUAAAGAUGCAGAUUGCUUUGGAUGCGGCGAAGCUCAAGGCUCUCGGCUGCGGCCCUUGGACUGCAGUCAUUAAGAAGAAGAGCUACAGGAAGCGGAUGAUCAUUGGAUUUCUCACGCAGUGGGGGGCUGAGUUCGCUGGACCGCUUGUCAUUAACAACUACUCCGUCAUUCUCUACACGAAUUUGGGUCAAACCGGGUCCAUGCCCCUGCUUCUUUCAGCGUUGUGGCUGACAACCGCAGGUGUGAUCUACAAUCCUCUCGGCGCUUGGCUUCACGACAAGGUCAACUCUCGGCGGUGGAUGUUCAUGGUGGGCCUGAUGGGCUGUCUUGUCACCACCAGCGGCUUCGCCGGCUGUAUUGCGCGGUACGCUGGCACCGACAACAAGGCCGGCAACGCGGCCGGAGUCUUCUUCGUCUUUCUAUACCUCACUUUUCAAGGAACAUGUUGUGACACGACUAUGUAUCUCUAUGUGUCCGAAAUCUUCCCCACAGAGAUUCGCCCCAUUGGAAUGGGCUUCUCUCUUUUCGGUCAGUUCGCAAGCACCAUCAUCUUACUGCAAACGGCACCCAUCGGCAUCGUACACGUUGGGUGGAAGUAUUACCUCGUCAUCAUCGUUUGGUGCAUCUUCUUCAUUCCCAUCGUCUACCUGUUCUUCCCGGAAACGGCAAGAUUGUCUCUGGAGGAAAUUUCGGCCAAAUUUGGAGACGACGUCGCCGUGCACGUCAAUGACGUCUCCGCGGACCAGCGACGGGAACUUGACGAAUUUUUGAAGGCGACGGACGUAGUGCACAUGGAGAAAUCGGGUGAGAAGGGCGAGCAAGUGGUGACAACAGCACCAGCUUGAGGAAGUUUUCCAGUGAUCAGAAGUGGUGUAUCUGUUCUUCUUCUCGCAGAGACUGUUUCGCGGUGGAACAAAGGCGUUUCCCGUUCACUUUCCCGCACAUGUACAGCUUAAAACUAUCGAAACUCGUCUUGUUUAAUGCUUAUAUAUCGAGAAAGGACGUUUCUCUCAGAUAGUCUCAUCUUUGAAACACGGCCAGUCGUUCGACAAACAGCGAAUACAAGCAACAUAAGGACUACUACUUUAACUAUUGAUUUUUCU